AUGUUUUCGGAGUUCCGAUUUCUUAAGGGACUGAGCAAUGUCACUGUCACUUCUGCAAAAGACAAUAAAGAAAAAACUGUACCAUCCAGACACAUCGUUAGUUCUACGAAGAAGAAGAAGAAGAAGAAGAAGAAGAAGAAGAAGAAGAAGAAGAAGGAGGAGGAGGGAGCGAGGGAGAAUUCGGAGGCUCUAGCAGGAGCAAGACCUACAGAGCUUUCAAGAAGAAAGAAUCUCAAGAGUUUUUGCGGGGGCUUAUACAGAGGCAGUCUGCUCACAAAGAUUCCCAAGAUGAAAAACUCCAGAGACAAAAAGUUCUAUGGCAAAAAGUCCUACGGCAAAAAUUCCCAAGAUGAAAAACUCCAGGGGCAAAAAGUUCUACCAGUAGAAAAUCCUACAACGAAAAUUCUCAAGAUGAAAACUCCAGAGGCAAAAAGUUCUGCGUCAAAAAUUCCUAAGGUGAAAACUCCAGAGAAGAAGAAGAAGAAGAAGAAGAAGAAGAAGAAGAAGAAGAAGAAGAAGAAGUAA